AUGACGAAGAGAAGCUCAGAGGAGACAGCAAUAUCAUCAUUGCCACACUGCUGCUACAAGCGUUGCGAGGCGAGGAUGCUCGCAACAACAAGCUUCACUGGCGUAUCGCCACGCGGCCCCGCGCGCGUUGGAGGUGGCCCCGUGGCGCGUUGUUGUGGGAGCCGCGUAGAAACAAUGCGCAGACAGGGCCCUUGCGAGCGAUGCCGCUCGCCGAAAAAACGGGACGAGAUAAGUGAGAAGCGAGACGGGCGCUCGACGGCGCCCGAACUCCCCGACCCUGGGCCAGUGGACGCCGUGCUUCACGCCGUCGUCCCCGUGUCCGCACGCAGGCGCGCACAGCGCGGGCCGCUGCGCGGCGACCUGUAG